GUGGUUCGUCAGUUGAGUUCUGUCCUUCGCGCCGGGUGGAUGCUAGACCUGCUAUCGUCGAUUCUUCAAUAACCAAGAGUGUGUUUCUGGUUUAUUGUGGUGCUUGGGAGUUGUGUUUUUCGCCUCCUCGCUGGCUGCACUGGACGCGCACAGUGGUGUGGUGUUGUAGCACAGGGGGAGUGACACGAGUUAUCCUGGCUGGAUUCCGACAACGACAGUUGGAACGAGUUUUGAUCACUUUUUGAGACCGAACGGUGCAAAAUACGGUGAAGUUCGCUGUGGUUGAACAAGUUCGAAGCAAAUUAUAAAUCGUUCUGAAUCAGGACGGCAGUGUUGUCAUUCAGGUGGUGGUGAUUUGCUUGUCCGGAAGGCAAGAAGCGGAUUAUUCCCUAAAAACAAAACGAAGGAAGAGAUUUUUAGCGCGUUUGCGCGCAAUUCCCUUCCAUUCCACCGGUUCUUGAGCAGUUGGUUGGUGACUCUGGUGCAAGUCCUGCUCCGUUGUUUACUCAAGUGGUGAUCGAUAUCCUUCGCUGUGUGUUUUCUGCAGUAGAAGCAGAAGUUCUGAAUGAAGUGAACGGAUGCAACUUUCUGCUGUUGUUGACGACGAUAAGAAGCCUUUCUGAAGGGAGAUGUACACGUAGCGAGCACGACGACCCCGGAAGAUAUCCUUUCAGGCGAAAUAAAAAAGGAAAAGUGUUUUAUUCCUCGUGAGGAAGCCGGUCAACGGCAAGGCUUGAAUGAAAAUUCAACCCACGGAGAAAAGUGAGUGAAGUGAAACAUAAUACACACGACACGAUAGCGAUACGAAAGCAAAGAGUGAAGAAAGCACUGGAUGUAAAUAAAAUAUUCACGAAGAAAUAGAAGGAAACGUACCCCGAGAGAGAGCACGGAGGGAAAACGGGAUCAUAACCUGAGGGGUGCAGCAGAGCAGUGUGAUGUGUUUCUAGUGGGGUCCUCUAGCAGGGAAAGAAGUUGGAAUUUCCCAGUGAUUGUGUGAGAGUGUGUGCGUUUGUUGAAAUUCGUUUGCAUAGAAGACGACACCACCCCUGAAUCGAGGGAGGAAUCCUGUGACGAGCAUACAAACGGGGGAAGAGAAUAAUAGAAAAAAAGAUUUUGGCAAAGUUUUGACAGAGUUUGAUGCGGCAAUAAACUGAUUGACGAAAUCAUCACAAACAUUGGCUGAGUUGGUGAAUAGGUGAACGAUUUGGAUUAUCAUUGAACUUUAAAGAUUUAUGCUGGCCGAGCUCUGAUCGAAUGCACACGGGUUUUCCCUGCCAACAUAUGCUGUCUCUCUCUCGCUCACUUUAAAGCCAUUCUAGCGACCGACUGACUGGCCGCCCGCCCGAGGUCUAGUCUAGUUUGCACCGUGAGCCAACGCAGAAGUGAGCAGUUUUAAUUAUUACUAAAAGUUAACCUCCACCGAGCGUUUUUUCGGAGGCUGCCCCGUCUAACAGUAUUAGCAGAUGAACCAGGGUCAGAGUGCCGCGUUGUAAAAGUUGGCUGCAGCAGCAGCAGCAGUUCGCCCAUCGAAAUGCGAAACACGUGCAACGGCAGCGGAAAAGUGCAUCACAGCGUUAUGAAAAUUAAUUGAAUACAGAGAGAAUUUUCCAGCGCGCGCGAGAGGAAAAACCGGCAUCGCCUGGCGAGCUGUGUGGUGGUGAAAGUGCUGAAAAUUUAUAAUUAAAUUAGUGGAUGAUAGUUUUUUUGUGCUGCCCCUCUGGAUAGCUUGCAGAUUUUGGUUUUGCUGCAAACGCUGUUGUACGGCGCAAUGUGUGAACAUCGACGCCACGUGGUGCAACUUCCCGCAAAUAAUCGCUAAUAAGCUAAAAGUGUGAAAAUCAGAGGUAUUUUUAUGUGUUUAUUAUCCGGUGCUUUUGUGUUAGCCUAAUUGAAUGAAAUUAUCGCAAAUAUUGAAUUGGUGAAGCCCGGGAAAAUCCAACCGAGUGCGCGAAUUUUAAUGUGCCCAGCUUUGGGAUGGCCAGUGCCCGUGGGUUGUGGUCCAGACGGCCUUCGUCGCCAUCGUCGUGCGCCAUGCUAACGGUGCUACUGUUUGUCUGUUUGGCCGGCCAGUUGGCCCGGUGCGAUCCGUACGGCGGUGGACACUUUGGCGGAGGAGGAGUCGGUGGGCUCGGCGGCAGCAGUGGCGGCCUGAAUGGCGAGCAGCAGCGGUGCCCCCGGUUGUGCUCCUGCACCGGACAGACCGUGGAUUGUUCGCACCGUGGGCUCACCCAGGUGCCCCGGAAGAUCCCGCUGGAUACCGAUAGACUAGACCUGCAGGGCAACAACAUCACCGUCAUCUACGAGUCAGAUUUCCAGAGUCUGUCAAAGCUGCGAAUAUUGCAGUUGACCGACAACCAAAUCUACACGAUAGAGAAGGACGCGCUGCUGGAUCUGAUUUCGCUGGAACGAUUACGACUUAAUAGCAAUCGCUUAAAAUCAAUACCAGAUAAUUUUUUAUCGAGCGCUGCUAAUUUAUUACGAUUAGACCUGUCGCACAAUGCCCUCGCAGCAAUCCCGAAACGCGCCUUCAAGGGUGCCACCUCGCUGCGAAGUCUCCAGCUGGACAACAACCAGAUCACGUGCCUCGACGAGCAGGCCAUCAAGGGUCUGGCCGAGCUGGAAAUCCUCACGCUCAACAACAACAACAUCACGACACUUGCCCGGGACAUGUUCACCGGGAUGCCCCGGCUGAGGGCGUUGCGCCUGUCGGAGAAUCCGUUCGCGUGCGACUGUCAUCUGUCGUGGCUGGCGCGCUAUCUGAAGAAUGCACCCCGGCUGGCCCCGUACACGCGCUGCCACUCGCCCAGUCAGCUCAAGGGCCAGAACGUGGCCGACCUGCACGACCAGGAGUUCAAGUGUUCGGGACUCACCGAGAACGCACCAAUGGAAUGCGGUGGCCGCAGCCUGUGCCCCCACCCGUGUCGGUGCGCCGACGGUAUCGUGGACUGCCGCGAGAAGAGCCUGACCAGCGUUCCGGCCACGCUGCCCGAGGACACCACCGAGCUGCGAUUGGAGCAAAACUACAUUACGGAAAUCCCACCGAAAGCGUUCGCGGCCCACCGGAGGCUCAAACGGAUCGACCUCUCGAACAACAACAUCUCCCGCGUGGCUUACGAUGCCUUCAGUGGCCUCAAAUCGCUCACUUCGCUUGUCCUUUACGGAAAUAAAAUCAAGGAUCUGCCGGCGAGUGUUUUCAAGGGAUUAACGUCCCUGCAGCUGCUGUUGCUGAACGCGAACGAGAUAACCUGCGUGCGGAAGGACGCCUUCAAGGAUCUGCAGAAUCUGAGCCUGCUCUCGCUGUACGAUAACAACAUCCAGACGCUGGCCAACGGCACGUUCGACGCGCUCAAGAGCAUCCAAACUUUACACUUGGCACGUAAUCCCUUCAUUUGCGAUUGUAAUCUCCGGUGGCUCGGCGACUAUUUGCAUCAGAACCCGAUUGAGACGAGUGGAGCCCGCUGCGACUCGCCGAAACGCAUGCAAAGACGCCGCAUCGAAGCGCUCAAGGAUGAGAAAUUCAAAUGUACGGAAGAUCACGCCAAAAUCAAGUAUGCCGGCGAGUGCCGCAUGGAUCAGGAGUGUCCGGCGGCGUGCUACUGCGACAGGACGACGGUGGACUGCUCGUCGCGCGGACUCAAGGAGAUUCCGCGGGAUAUUCCGCUGUACACGACGGAGCUCCUCCUCAACGACAACGAGCUGAACCGCAUCCGGUCGGACGGCCUGUUCGGACGGCUCCCCAACCUGGUCAAGCUGGAUCUGCGCCGCAACCAGAUCUCCGCCGUCGAACCGAACGCGUUCGAAGGUGCCACCAAGAUCCAGGAGCUGUUCAUCAGCGAGAACAAGAUCCCCGAGGUGCACAACAAGAUGUUCCUCGGACUGCACCAGCUCAAGACACUAUCAUUGUACGAUAACCUGAUCACGUGCGUCAUGCCCGGAUCGUUCGAGUUCCUGUCUUCGCUGACUCAAUUAAACCUCGCCUCGAACCCUUUCCGUUGCAAUUGCCACCUCGGCUGGUUCUCGGAUUGGCUCCGGAAGAAGCAACUGGGCGGACCGCCGGCUCGGUGCGCCUCCCCGGCCAAGGUUCGCGACGUGCCCGUCAAGGAUCUGCCCCACUUUGAGUUCAAGUGCACCUCGGACGCCGACCAGGGCUGCCUGGGCGGGUACUGCCCGCCGUCCUGCACCUGCACCGGAACUGUGGUGCGCUGCUCGCGGAACAAGCUGAAGGAGAUCCCGAAGAGCAUUCCGUCGGAGACGACCGAGCUGUAUCUGGAAUCGAACGAAAUCUCAAUGAUCCAAAUGUCCCGGAUCAGCCACCUGAAGGCGUUGACGCGACUAGACUUGAGCAACAACAAGAUCAGCAUGCUGUCGAACCACACGUUUGCCAAUUUGUCCCGGCUGUCAACGCUCAUCAUCAGCUACAACAAUCUGCAGUGCGUGCAGCAGUACGCGCUGGCCGGGUUGAAGAACCUGAAGGUGCUGUCGCUGCACGGUAACCACAUCUCGAUGAUUCCGGACGGGUCGUUCGCGGAUCUGCAGGCCAUUACGCACAUCGCCCUCGGCAGCAACCCGCUGUACUGCGACUGCUCGCUCAAGUGGCUCUCCGAGUGGGUCAAGCGGGACUACGUCGAGCCGGGAAUCGCCCGUUGCGCGGAGCCGGACGCGAUGAAGGACAAGCUGGUUCUUUCGACACCGGCCGCGCAGUUUGUGUGCAAGGGGAAGGUCAGCAACGAAAUCCUAUCCAAGUGUGACGCGUGCUACACCUUCCCGUGCAAGAACAACGCCGUGUGCAAGGCCCUGCCGGAGCGCCAGUACGAGUGCCAGUGUCCGCCCGGGUACCACGGAGCGCACUGCGAGUUCAUGAUCGAUGCUUGUUACGGGAAUCCGUGCAGGAAUAACGGCACGUGUACGGUGAUGGAGGAGGGACGGUUCAGCUGUCAGUGUAUGUCUGGGUAUUCAGGGGCUAGAUGUGAGAUCAACAUCGAUGACUGUACUGGGCACAAGUGUUUGAACAAUGCUACCUGCGUUGAUGGGGUAAACUCGUACAGCUGUGGAUGUCUGCCGGGUUACACGGGUCCGUACUGUGAGUCUAAGAUUGAGUUCUGUGGACCGGACUUUAACCCGUGUCAGAAUGGAGCGAAGUGCGUGGACCAUUCGACGCACUACAGCUGCGAGUGUGUUCCGGGCUAUCGAGGCAUCAAUUGUACGGAUAACAUUGACGAUUGCGUGAAUCACAUGUGCCAGAACGGUGGAACGUGCCUCGACGGCAUCAACGACUACGUGUGCAAGUGUCCGUCGGAGUUUACGGGUAAAUUCUGCGAAGGAACUCCGAUGGUCGCAAUGUUGUACCCUCAGACGUCUCCGUGUCAGCAGCACGAGUGCAAGUUUGGAGUUUGCUUUCAGCCGAAUCCUUCUAGCGCGGACUAUAUCUGCAAAUGCGCUCCGGGCUAUUCCGGCAAGCGCUGUGAAUACCUUACAAGUUUAACGUUCCUGCACAAUAACUCCUUCGUCGAGUUGGAACCGCUGCGAACAAAGCCGGAAGCGAACGUGACCAUUGUCUUCAGCAGCACGCAACAGAACGGAGUCCUAAUGUACGACGGAAACAACGAACACUUGGCCGUUGAACUGUUCAACGGCCGCAUCCGGGUCAGCUACGACGUCGGCAACUACCCGGUCUCAACCAUGUACAGCUUCGAGAUGGUCGCCGAUGGGAAGUACCACAUGGUUGAGCUGCUCGCGAUCAAGAAGAACUUUACGCUGCGCGUCGAUCGUGGCCUCGCCCGCUCGAUCAUCAACGAGGGCUCCAAGGACUUCCUGAAGCUGACGACGCCGCUGUACCUGGGUGGUCUGGCGCCCGAACCGGGCCAGCAGGCGUACAAGCUGUGGCAUCUGCGCAACCUGACCAGCUUCAAGGGCUGCAUGAAAGAGGUGUGGAUCAACCACAAGCAGGUGGACUUCCUGAACGCGGCCCGCCAGCAGAAGGUGACACCCGGCUGCGCCCUGCUGGACGCCGAAAGCGAGGGCGAGGUCGAGGACGACUUUAUGCAGGAGACGCCGAUGAUACUGAGAGAGGUCGACCCGUGCGAGAACCACCAGUGCAAGCGCGGUGGCAAGUGCAUACCGAACGGCAAGGGUGGCUACUCGUGCAAGUGUAAGAACGGUGCCAAGGGCAAAUUCUGCGACCAAGGUGAGGGCUCGGUCUCGGUGGUCGUCGACGAGGACCUCCCCUUCAAAGCUCCCUCUUCCGGGUCCUCGACUUGUCGCAAGGAGCAAGUGCGAGAGUACUACACGGAGAAUGAGUGUCGAUCGCGGCAACCGCUCAAGUACGCCAAGUGCGUGGGCGGUUGCGGAAACCAGUGUUGCACGGCCAAGAUCGUACGAAGGAGAAAAGUACGCAUGGUGUGCAGCAACAAUACCAAAUACAUCAAGCACCUCGAUAUCGUGCGCAAAUGCCAAUGUACAAAGAAAUGCUACUGACUGCAAGACGCGACUACCCAAACAACAUCAACAACAGCAACACCAUUAGCAGCAGUGCAAGUAGCAGGAUUCGAUAGCGUAGGAUUAGGUUCAUCUAGGUUAAGUGUAAUUAGCGAUAGGUUAGGGC